AUGUAUGCCGCUAUUACUUGCUCACCGCCAAUUGGGCAGCCCACAACUGUCGCCAGAGACCAGAAUGCUGUACAUCUCUCCAAUACUUUGUCUCUGAAGACGGGUACUGACUUAAACAUUCCAGUGAAUGAUCAGCAAGCUAAAGUCUCUAUCUGGCACAACCACAAAGGUCAGCAUGAUUGGUCAGAACUUCCGCUCAAACCAUCUGUUGAUCACGAUGAUGUUAUCGGUGAUGAUUCAGGGUGGAAGUGGAUCAAAGAUCAAAGUGGAUUAGAUGAUGGUCAACUUCAUUAUCAACAGUCACAUGAAGAGCUAGGGUUUCCUGAGUACUUCCACGGCACAAGCUCCGAUCUCAACAUUCGUAAGAUGACUGCCGACACUCCCGACACCAAGUUAUACUCUAUCACAGCCUCAACUAAGCCUGCCAAAGGCAAGGAUUCUGGUUACAGCAAAUACGUACUGGGCACACCAAAGGAUUUUACUCGGUGGUUCUCGUUAGUGCGACUCUGGAGUCCCUGGCUUGCUCCACGUCAGGGCAAGGACAAGUUCCAUCUGGACAAGGACGCCAUUCUUGCGUCUUUCCUGCGACAUGAUGGAGCUCAUGUCGUUUGUCUUGCGAUUAGCGGUGUUGAGGAUGUUCUUACUGUGUUCCAACAUGACGACAGUGGUAAUGUCAUUAUACAAGGUCGCAACGAUCGCGAGAAAGAAGGAACGAGCCAUGUACUUGUUGCUGUGGCCGAUUCUUUCGAAGUAGCGAAUGCUGCAGUCAUGUAUCAUGCUAGAAAAAUUGUCGGAGGUUACGAGUCAGCGACUGGUCAGAUGGAAGCCGAGACCAAAACAUUGAUGGAUAAGAAUGUCAAGGCCGAAUGGCUCGAGGAGUGGUAUGAUGGUUUCACCUACUGCACUUGGAACGGUCUGGGCCAAAAGCUCACCGUUGACAAAAUCAAUGAGGCCCUGGAGUCACUCAAGAAAGAGAACAUCAUAAUCGAGAAUCUCAUCAUCGACGACAACUGGCAGUCUUUGACAGAAGGUCGGACACAGAUGGAUCGUGCCUGGACCGACUUCGAGGCGAACAAGGAAGGCUUUCCACAGGGCCUCAAGCAAGCUGUUACAGACAUCCGCAAGAACCACCCCAACAUCAAUCACAUUGCAGUAUGGCACGCGAUUCUCGGUUACUGGGGCGGUGUAGCUAAGAACGGCAACAUUGCAAAGAAUUAUAAGACAACGACCAUCCAGAAAGAGCCAGGAGUGGCAGAAGGCGAAAUGUCAGUUGUAGAUGCUUCCGAUGCACAACGCAUGUACAACGACUUCUACUCUUUCCUGAGCGACUGCGGCAUUACCGGAGUCAAGACAGACGCUCAAUUCUUUUUGGAUAUGAUUGUCGAUGCACCCGAUCGAAGAAGCUUGAUAACCGAGUAUCAAGAUGCUUGGACAAUUGCUCAUCUUCGCCACUUUGGCUCACGAGCCAUCUCUUGCAUGUCUCAAGCACCGCAAAUGCUCUUCCACUCGCAGUUACCAACUAACAAGCCUCGACUUCUUGUUCGUAACUCUGACGAUUUCUUCCCAGAAGUACCUGCUUCUCAUCCCUGGCAUAUCUUCUGCAAUGCCCACAAUUCUUUGCUCACACAGCAUCUAAACGUGUUGCCUGACUGGGACAUGUUCCAGACGUCACACGAAUGGGCUUCCUUCCAUGGCGCGGCUCGCUGUGUUUCUGGUGGACCAAUUUACUUCACGGAUUAUCCUGGCAAGCAUGACAUCAAGUUGAUCAAUCAGAUGACAGCCAGAACCACACGAGGAAAGACCGUCAUUUUGCGUCCAUACAAUAUUGGAAAGAGCACAAGUGCUUACAUUGGCUACGAAGACAACGCUCUUUUGAAGGUGCAUACUUACCACGGAUAUGCACGUACUGGUACUGCAUAUCUGGGAAUUUUCAACUGUACUCACCGCCCAUUAUCUGAGCUCAUCCCCCUCUCAACCUUCUCGGGUGCUGAAGAAGGCAAAUACGUGAUUCGUGCCUUCACAACUGGUGCAGUGAGCAAGCCCAUGUCCUGUGGCGAAAAGAAAGCUCUGGCUGGCGUCGAGAUUGAUAAUGGCGGCUGGGAAAUUCUAUCUGCUCAUCCUGUCCAUGAGCACAAGCUCCGUCGUAGCGGUCCUAUUGAAGUGUCUUGCCUCGGCUUGAUCGGCAAAAUGACAGGCGCAGCUGCCAUAAUCAGCAGCGACAACUACACCGACAGUCAAGGAAAGCUGAGAUACUCCGUCCUCAUAAAAGCCCUGGGUGUCCUUGGUUUCUGGAUCGGCGAUCUCAGCAAGAGUUGGGAUGUAGAGGAGAAUAUGCUGGUCUUGAUCUUCGGCAAGCAGAUUCCCAAACAUUGUGUUAGUGUCAAUAGGGAUGUUUUGGAAAUUGAUGUGGAUAGGGCUUGGAAGGAGACUGGACAACAGGCUGGGUGGUCGAACGAGAUUGAGGUUGAAUUGUUUGUGUCUUAG